CAUUCUCUCAGAGUAUCGCAUGCCGUCUGUCAAACGCCGACUCGAGGAGCAGACCGAGGCGCAGUCGUUCCCUGGUGCUUCAGCAGCAACCCCAUCAUCAUCAUCGAGCAAGCAGAAGCCCAGCACGAGCACCAGCAGCAGCAGCAACAGUAAGGCUGUGCGAACCGAGUCCGACGUUGACGCGACCAGCGCAAGAACCGAUUACAAGCAGCAGACCAAGCAGACCAAGCAGACCAAGCAGCAGACCCGUCCCUCGAAUGAUACUCGUGAUCACGAUGCUGAUGCUGAUGCUGAUGAUGCUGAUGAUGGAGUGCCGGUCGUGGUGAGCAACAAGAGCAAGUCAGCGACUGCGCCUCGUGGCACCGCUGCGCAUCCACAUGGUGGUGGUGGUGGUGAUGGCAAGCAGCCUGCGUCCAGCAAGCGUGAUGGCGCGACCAGCAACGCCUCAUCAGCAACAGCAGCAGCAGCAGCAGCAGCAGCAGCAGCAGGAACUGACAAGCGUCGUGCUGACAAGGAAGGCGGCGCGACGGGCAACAAGCAGAAGCAGGACACCAAGAAGAAGAGCAACAAGAAGAACAAGUUCAAGGCACCGACGGACGCUGAUAUCUACUACGACGACGACGACGACAACGAGGACAUGGCCGAGUCUGCGGACGGAGGCGAUCGCGCGGGCGGCGACGACAACGACGAGGAGCACGAGCACGAUCAGCGACUCGGACGGUCGCUCAAGUGGCGCAACGUCGAGAUCGACCCGUCCAUCUUCACAACCACUGAGGGAAUGGACGGCUUCCUCGGCCUGGAGGAAAUCGACGAUUGCGACGUGCUCUACGACGAUCUCGGCGAUGCUCGCGCGAACGGACAGAGCGGCAAAGUCGUCAAAUUCAAGCGUGUCAAAAACAUGGAGGCGCUGCGAAUCCGACGAGCAUACGAACGCAAUCUGCAGCGUGACCAGGAGCGCGCCGUCGCAGACGCAUGGACUGUGACUUCCGAAGAGGCCACGGGUAAAGCCAAGAAGGGCGCCGCAACAAAGCCCGCCGCUGCCACCAAAGUUAGCGAAAAGCCGGCUGCAUCUGCUGUCAAAGAGGCAAGCUCAAAGAAGGGUAAGGCGGCUCCCACGGCGGCAGAAGUGACUGCUCCCGCCGCCCCCGUCUUGUCCAAGAAGGCCGCUCGCAAGGCUGCUGCUGCUGCUGCUGCUGCCGCCGCCGCCGUUGCCACUCCUGAUACCUCUGAUAACGCGGAUGCUCAAGCCGCCGAUGUAGAUGCUGAUACAGUCGACGCUUCCUCACAAGGGCGUGCGCCAGUCACGGACAUGUCUGAGUGGAAUGGAUUCGGAUUGCACGAACUUCUCAUCAAGGGACUGGCCACUGCGGGCUAUGCUCGACCCACCCCGAUCCAACGCGAGGCACUGUUGAAGGGGUUGCGCGAUUACCAGGACAUUAUUGGUGCUUCCGAAACUGGCUCGGGCAAGACGCUGGCAUUUGCUCUGCCAAUUCUUCAAGUCAUCUUGAACGGACGCGACAAGGAAGCAGCACGAGAAAGUCAAAACGGCGACGACAACGAAGCCGAAACGGACGCAGCCUCCAAGAAGGUUUUCAAGAAUCGACCCUUGUCGGCGCUCAUUUUGACCCCGACACGUGAACUCGCAAGUCAAAUUCGCGAGCAAAUUGUCAAAGUCGCCAAAUUCACAGAUAUUUCCGUUGUGACUGUGAUUGGAGGCCUGUCGGCGGAAAAGCAGCGUCGUGUGCUCAGCUACUGCCCAGACAUUGUCGUCGCCACUCCUGGUCGACUGUGGGAUUACAUGUCGCAGGGCAACCAGCACUUGACCGAGCUGCGCUACUUGCGGCACUUGGUGCUUGAUGAGGCUGAUCGCAUGGUUGCCACGGGCCACUUUGAAGAACUGACCAAGAUUCUUGCCAUUCUUCCUGUUCAGAACCAGCGAUUUGCCGAGACAGACGAAGUCCGUGCGACCAAACACGACGAAAUUUUGCCUCGCGCAGACGCUUCCAAGUCCAAAAAGAGCAAAGGUCGCGCUGCGCCGAUGCAAGUCGACGAGGACGACGAAGAGUUUGAUGGCGUGGACGAGGAGGAGCUCGAGAAUGCGGAUGGCGAUGAAGAACCUGCCGAAGACGCUGACGAGGACGAGCUUGACGAAGACGACGAUGAUGACGCCGAAGAAGACGUCGAAGACGACGAGAUGCAAGUGGAUGACGAUGUCGAGGAUGACGCCGUCGACAAUGUCACUGAAGCCGAGGAAGGCGAAGAUGGCACUGCGGCUUCGUCGGAGGACCAGGCUGCGUUCGACAGUGUUCUCGAAAAGCUCCGUCCGUUUGUUAAACGUCAAACGUUCGUCUUCUCGGCCACAAUGACCCUCGAUCGCGAGUCGUUCCGUAAAUCGCGUCGCGUUGUUUCCAAAAAGAAGAAAGUCGAUCGCUCCCCGUUGGCGGUCGUGCUGCGACAGCUUGACAUGCAGGACGACCCCGCAAUCAUCGACUUGUCGGGCAAGCGAGGCCUUGCUCAGACAUUGACAGAGGCUAAAAUCUCUUGCUUGAAGGAGGAGAAGGACAUGUACUUGUACUACCUGCUCAAGCGCUUCCCUGGCCGGACGCUUGUUUUCGUCAACUCGAUCGACUGUAUUCGUCGUGUCGUUUCCAUCUUUGUGCUUCUUGGUCUCAAGCCACUGCCCUUGCACGCCAAUCUUCAACAGCGUCAGCGCAUGAAGAAUUUGGAUCGCUUCCGUGCCGAUCCCAACUCGUUUAUCGUUGCGACGGACGUUGCGGCCCGUGGUCUAGACAUUGCUGGCGUGGAUCACGUCAUUCAUUACCAAAUGCCGCGAGACCCUGAGACGUAUGUGCAUCGCGCAGGCCGUACAGCUCGUGCCAAUGCAGCUGGCAUCAGCAUUUGCGUUGUUGGUCCCGAAGAUUUGAAGGGCUUCCGUGGCAUCUGCUCCGCUCUUGGUCGAGAGGAUGGCAUUCCGUCCUUCCCGAUCGACGCCCAAUUUUUGGCGGGCAUCAAGAAGCGCCUGUCCCUUGCACGCCAAAUCGACCAGUUUGAGCACAAGGCGCGAAGUGACAAGCAGCAUAACGAGUGGUUCAAGAAGGCGGCACAAGAAGCCGACAUUGAACUGGACGAGGAUUUGCUGGUUGGCGAAGAAGUUGAAGAUGCCGAUAGCGGUCGUCCCCGACACAACCAGGCGUCGUCCAAGAAUGGCAAACAAAGCAGCAAGCUUUCGCGGGAGGAGCAAAAGCAACGCGAUUUGCGCGCUCAGCUUGAGGCGUUGCUCAAGAAGCCCCUGCUGGCCCAGUCCACCUCCAGCAAGUUCCUCACAACGAGUGCCGAUCCCAACCAUACCAAGCGACUCUUGUCAUCGGACGGAGACUGGGCCAAGCUGGAGCAGGCUGCACUUCCUGCUGUUCAACAGAUGUCCAAGCACUGAAUACUUGCCUGAUGAUGUUCCCAGUGUUUAUCUUUUGCUCUGUUUUAUUACAAGGCAAUUUAUUCGGGG